UUCACCAUCCUAGGAUGGGAGGCAGUCGGGCGAGUAGUAACAGGCAGUGGGGAGGUUGUCCUUGAGGAAUUUCAGACAGUAAUGGAAAAAGUUGAGGUUAACUGAGAGGUAGAAUAAUGAAACAACGUCUCCAGUAGAAUUUAGGUCUAGUUUUUAUAUGAGCUUACUUUUAAGACGGACAGACAGAGUUUAACGGUAAAAUCAAUGAGUUCUGCAACCGACCAACGCAACGGCAGAGCAGGACACAGCCGUGGAGUGGGGACGGUGAAAGGAUUUGUCCAGAAAGCCCGUUCACCUGAUCGGUCCCUCGAUGACUCACUGGAGGGAGAACUUCAGGCCUUCCUCAUUGAUGAAGACCAACUCCACACUUAUGAUGACCUCACCAAAGUCAACCCAGUGACCCCAACAACAGUGCUGAAAUGCCUGCAGGCCAGGUACAGAGUGAAGGUGUUUUACACCAAUGCUGGCUGCACUUUGGUGGCUCUCAACCCCUUCCAGCCCAUCCCAGAUCUGUACUCUCUGGAUGUGAUGAAGGAGUAUCACUGCGCUCCUCAGCCCCAGGAGUCCAAACCACAUAUCUUCAUUGUGGCAGAAGAAGCCUACAGGAAUGUGCAGGGUCAGGUGGAGCCGGUCAACCAGUCCUUGGUGGUCAGCGGUGAGAGCGGUGCAGGAAAGACAUGGACAUCUCGUUGCCUGAUGAAAUAUUACGCCACUGUGGCGGCCUCCUCCUCGGUGAUGAAGAGUCAGGACACAGUGGAGAGGAUAGAGAGGAGAGUGCUGGACUCCAACCCCAUCAUGGAAGCUUUCGGAAAUGCCUGCACGCUGCGCAACAACAACAGCAGUCGCUUUGGAAAGUACAUCCAGCUCCAGUUAGACAGGUGUCAGAUGUUGGUGGGGGCGUCUGUGCAAACGUAUCUACUGGAGAAGACCAGGGUGGCCUGCCAGCCAGCUAAUGAAAGGAACUUUCACAUCUUUUACCAAAUGAUGAAAGGGGCCACAGAUGAGCAGAGAAAGGAGUGGAUGAUGCCACAUGGUCAACUUUUUGUUUGGCUGCCAAAUGCUGAAAAAACUGUUGAGGAGGAUUGUUUCAAUGAGACUGUUGAGGCGAUGGUUCAUCUGGGCAUUAAUGCAGAAAGGCAGAGACAAAUAUUUAGGAUAUUAGCAGGGAUUCUGCAGCUGGGGAAUGUGAAUUUCUGCUCUUCAGCGGACGAAUCACAAAUGUGUAACCUAGAGGAACAGUCCAAAGACUCCAUGCAGAGGGCUGCUGAGCUGCUGCGCGUCCCUGCUGAGGAGCUUCAGACGUGUUUAACAGUGAGGACACUGAAGGCGGGGAAGCAAAGUGUGCUCAAGCCCUGUUCCCAGGCCGAGUGCAGCAUGAGGAGAGACUGCCUGGCCAAGACCAUCUAUGCCCAAUUAUUUGAGUGGCUGGUUACAUUCAUCAACAACAGCAUAUGUGCUGACAAAUCCACUUGGUGCAACUUCAUAGGAGUUCUAGAUGUUUACGGGUUCGAGUGUUUCCGGAUUAAUAACCUGGAGCAGCUGUGCAUCAACUACGCCAACGAGAAACUCCAGCAGCACUUUGUGGCCCAUUAUCUCAGAGCACAGCAGGAGGAAUAUGUGUCAGAGGGGUUGGAGUGGUCCUUCGUCAAAUACCAGGACAACCAGAGCUGUCUGGACCUCAUAGAGGGCAGCCCUAUCAGUGUGUUUUCUCUUCUUAAUGAGGAGAGUCGUCUUAAUCGAACCUCAGACGCCAAGACGUUCAGGAUUCGUUUGGAGAAGGAGCUCUGUGAUAAUGCCAACAUCAGCUGGGAUAAGUUCAGCAAGGAGCCACACUUCACCGUGGCCCAUUACGCUGGCAAAGUCAACUACCAAAUACAGGGCAUGGUGGAGAAAAACAAGGACCCAGUGCCACCAGAGCUCAUCAACCUGCUUCAGAAGGCUGAAAACCCCCUGCUUCAGCAGAUCUUCGCUGACAAGGAAACUGAGAGCCCAAGUAGCAAGGGGCUCAGUAAAGUCACUGUGGUCUCCAAGUUCAAGAACUCUCUGGAGAGCCUGAUGAGGAUCCUCCACACCACAACUCCUCACUACACUCGCUGCAUCAAACCAAACCCAGACUGCAAGCCGCUGACCUUCAAAAAGGAGGAGGUGAUCAUGCAGCUGGAGGCCUGUGGGAUUGUGGAGACCAUACAUAUUAGUGCUGCUGGCUUUCCAAUAAGAAUUCCUUUAAAAAGCUUCAUUCAGCGUUAUGGACUGAUUUCAAAAUAUUCAAAGUUCAGCUCAGGAACUCCUAAUGUUGAUGUGGAGACUGACAGCGUUGACAUUCUUCAACAAGAGGUGGAGAAGCUCCUCAGGGUGGUGUUACAACACCAAACUUUUGGUCCCUCACACAACCUUGACAGGGAAAAACACAAUACACUGGUGCACUGUGGGAGGACUAAAGUUUUUCUCACCCAGUUGAUGCUAGAUUUGCUGGAAGAUCAGAGGAAGAAGAUCCUCUCCCGGUGUGCCUUUUCCAUUCAGUGCUGCUGGCUGCGACACCAGCGGCGCAGACGCCGUGCCCGGCAGCAGUCUGCCACUCUGAUCCAAGCAGUGGUGCGGUCUUGGCUUGUCAGGAGGCAGGUCCAGAGAUGGAACAGAGCAGCGGCAAUCAUCCAAGGCACCUGGAGGAAGUGGACGGCACUCUUGAAAUCCUUGGCAGAGGCAGAACUGGAUGAUGCAAAGGACCUCGUGGAGGAGGAUGUGCCAGAGCUGAACCCUGUUGUCAGGGAACGGGGCUCGGUGCAGCUUUCCACCAUCCAGGAGCCUGUCACAGUGCGAGGGUGGCCCAUGGGGUUGGCUCUGGCCUCGGCCCCGUCCAUCACCGUGUCUCUGACGGCCACUGGUUUCCAGAAGAUGAUGUCUGUAAUGGCCUCUCUGAAUUUGCCCUCCAGGAGAGGGGAGUAUAAGGUGGAGACCAACCAGUACACACAGGGGCUUGCCUCCAUACGGGCUCAACCCAGGGGGUCUGUAAAGCUGCACUAUCAGCGAUCUCCACUUCUCUAUGCUGACAGGCAACCAGAGAAGAAGACUGAGGUGACAGGGUUCAACGAGAUCCUGUUAGAGAAAACUUUGUAAGAGUUCCCUCUUCGGAUAACACUAAAGCCUGGUUUCAUGGACACAGAUAAAGGAUAAUUUGACACAGUUGCUUUAGCAGUGAAGCAGCUGCCAUCUGUAAUCUGACACAGAUGGAACAGUUCAAAGUGAUCAUUUACAUCUCUAACUGACUUUAAAGGUGCCAAAGUUUGUCUUGCGCUGUGUCAGACAAGGAUGCGAAAACCUGCACCCUUGCAUAAUCAUGUCAGGAGGUAAGAUAACGCAGUGUACUGUGAACUUGACCUUAUUUAGGCCUCAGAGACUCCAAAAUCAUCUCAAAUUUAAAAUCUCAGUCAGUAGACUGUCCACUGCCCUGCUACAUAUGAGAUGGGACAGAUAAGAUUUUGUCAACCAUUUGUAGAACAUGUGCCAUGUGUUCCACAUACAGAAAGCCAUGAAUGAGAUGUGAGUCGUGAUCAUGAUGUUACUACAUGACGAGACAAACAGUAAUUUUUAGUCUGUGUCCAUAUCUGGAGAACUGAAAUUCUGGCACAAUCUUAGCACCUUUAAAAAGACAGGACUGCAGGUUUUUGUCUCAUCGUUGCCUUUUUGGAACAUUUGACUGUUGAUCAAAGUUUUGGGCCUCUGACAAGUGCCUUUCUUAAAAUCUACACAAAUCACAAAUGGGCUGUUAAUAUAUGUAUUUAUUUAAGUGUGAUUAUUUAUGUUGAAGAACACACUGCUGAUUCAUAUGCAGAUGUAAACACAACAUCUGACAUUUAUUUUGUGUGUGGUUUAUACUGGGGGGGAUAAGUAAUUAAGCAAGUAUUGCACAUGUUAAGCACAUUGCACAUUAAAACCACACACCUGCUCACAGACAACCAUAACAAACAUCACUGAUGUGAUACAGGGAAAGGGGGAACCCAGGUUUAUUCACAUUGCUGCUCUUUAUUUGAUCAAGGGUCUUUAUAAUAUGCACAUCCUCUUUCUAUGCUAAUCUUUAUCAGCUGCAAUCCAAAGCAUUGUACUGUGUAACAUACCAAAGUCUUUUUACACAACACUGUUGUAUGGGAACACAAACUUUAUCUUUUAACUGAUGUGUUUUUAUAGCUAUAAAACUUUAUGAUGUUCAUAAUUGAAAUAUUCAAUUAUGUUACUAUGAGAUUUUACUAAAAAUGAUGCAUGUUGGGCAGUACCUCUUAUACACUUACCACUGAUAUUUAGCCUCCUAGCUUCUGAUCCAACACAUUAUCCACAGGGACAGCUUCGUUGACUCCUAGCAUAUCUUCAUUUACUGACUGGAUAAUUCCUCCUUUUUACCAGCUGUAAUGUCAUGUAAAUGUUUGUCAGGGACACUAUGACAGUAUAUCAUCUGGAAUCUGUAUACUUUAACCAGCUGUUUGGUCUGUGGUACCAUUAGGGAUCAAUGUACAAGAACUUGAAAUAUGUUAAUAUUUAAAUGACUGUUCUGUUGAAAUAAAUGUCAGUUUAUAAAACAUUUUGUUUAAA